AUGCCAUCGGAUUCGGGACGUGAUCGCAGCCAGACCUGCCCUCACAGCGGCGGCCGCAGUGGCGCCGGAGACGAGGAAGAGAACCCGUUUAUAGCUUUUCGCCGUUACGCUGAUAAACAGCUCUCAACCCUUCUUCGAUCAGUUGUUGGGCUUCCCUCCGCUGUUCUUCCCCCCGCAAAGGACUGGCUUGGCCUAAAUGAUGAAGCGUUGAGCCAGACACUAAGAGCUCGCCGAGACAGCACAUCAAAUAACGAUUAUUGUCAACACCACAAAUGCCGCGAUUGCAAUCCAAGUGAUGGCUACCCCUCGUCCCGUGGAGAAUAUGAUGAGCAGUUCUUUGGGGCCAAUCCCUCGAUAACGGAACAGCAUCGAAGAUACGCGAGUCAAUCCAUCCCAGCGUCAGCAUUCGACGCAUUGUUCGACAGUGCCUGGCCCACUGACCCUUCUCUUCUAUUCCGGGAUCUGGCUCACUUUCACAGGCCAUUUAUUUUUGACUUCAUGUCCCCCUCAACUUCUGCAGGAUGGCCAAUCUCGUACCUCAUGUUCUCCCCUUACUCACCCCUCCAGUUAGAAAGACAACGGCAAUUAUGCCCACGAUAUCAGGAGCAUGCUUCUUCCUCUUGGUUUGGCUCCUUGGCUCCAUCCCAUGAGCACAGAGAUCUCAGAGAACCUCAGUGGCGCGAAGCAUUCGAAGAUUUACUCCGGAUUGAAAAUGGGAAAGCUAUGCUUGAUAGGCAUCCCCAGGCGGAACGUACGAACGAAUCUGGAAAGUCUUGGCUCGCAGGCUUAAUCCAGCGUGGCAGCCUGGGUGACGGCUGGUCUCACGUCAGUCAACCUGACGGUGAAGGGGAAUACUUCAAAUUCCAAUGUAUAACCUCCAAUGAUGCCUCUCCAAACCAUGAGGGGAUGUCACAGGAAAAAGUGCCAAGUGAGGAAGGCAAGCAGUUCUCGGAACUUGACCUAUACGAUAACUUCCUCCAUAAAGUUAGCCAUGGUGCUGCUGUCUCACACACAAGUCCAUUGUUAAGAGCAAUACUUGAAGAGCGAAAACAACAACGCCAGGAGCUCGAAGAGCUGCAGUUACAAUGGCGAGAGAUGUUCCGUGAGAAAGAGAUGGAGCGUGCAGAAGAUCACCAAGCCAUCGCCGAUUCUGCUCGAUUUAGGGGCACAGCAUCACAAUCCCAGAUAUCAUCCCAGACUAAUGAAGAUCUAUCUCCACCGAUAGUUUCUAGUGUCACCACUACACAGCGUCGGAUGCAGCCUGAUGGCUCCAUAAAGACUAAAACCAUUGUCAACAAACGUUUUGCCGAUGGGCGAGAAGAAAACACUGAAACCGAAGAAAUUACAAAUAAUAACCGCCUAGCUGUUGACGACGGUAAUCAGGCAGUGGCUACUCAGGAUGAGAAUAAAAGAGGCACCCCAAAUGGAUGUGAUAAGAAGGGCGGCUGGUUCUGGCAGGAGUAA